AUGUCUCCGUUCCAGGGAUACAGAGGCGAUGGGGUUCUCGCCGGCGUCCGGUCGCGGAAGCGCGUGUUCGCGACGGCGGCCGCUGAGCCCGUGACGGCGGCGCCCAAGAGACAGAAGCGCAGGGAUGAGCCGUCCCUGGACGCGCUGCCGGACGAGUGCCUCUUCGAGGUCCUGCGCCGCGUGCAGGGCGCCCGCGCGCGCUGCGCGUCGGCUUGCGUCUCCCGCCGCUGGCUCGCGCUCCUCGCCGGCAUCCGCGCCUCCGAGGCCGUGCUGGCCCCGGUCGCCCCCGCGGUGCCGGACCUCAACCACGAGUACCUCAGCGAGGACGACGAGGCCGAUCUGAUGGACCUCGACGGCGACGCCCGCGAGAGGACCCUCGAGGGCAUGGAGGCCACGGACGCGCGGCUGACGGCGGCGGCCGUUGCCGGCCGUCUUGCUUCCGUCUCCGUCCGCGGGAGCCACCCGGCGCGUGGCGUCACCGACGCCGGCGUCUCGGCUCUCGCCCGCGGCUGCCCGGAGCUCCGCUCCCUUGCCCUGUGGGACGUUCCGCAGGUGACGGACGCCGGGCUUGCGGAGAUCGCCGCCGAGUGCCACUCGCUGGAGCGGCUUGACAUCACUGGCUGCCCUAUGAUCACGGACAAGGGCCUCGUCGCGGUCGCUCAGGGCUGCCCGGAACUGAAGUCGCUCACCAUCGAGGCAUGCUCUGGUGUGGCUAACGAGGGUCUCGAGGCAAUUGGCCGGUGCUGCGCCAAGCUACAGGCAGUUAGCAUCAAGAAUUGCGCACAUGUCAAUGACCAGGGUGUGUCUGGCCUCGUCUGCUCUGCGACCGCCUCGGUGGCAAAGGUCCGGCUUCAGGGUUUGAACAUUACUGAUGCUUCUCUUGCCGUGAUUGGGUACUACGGGAAGGCUAUCAAAGACCUGACCCUCGCUCGCCUCCCUGCUGUUGGUGAGAGGGGAUUUUGGGUGAUGGCCAAUGCCCUGGGCCUGCAGAAGCUCAGGUGUAUGACUGUUGUCUCCUGCCCGGGACUCACAGAUCUUGCUCUUGCAUCUGUCGCCAAGUUCAGCCCAAGUUUGAAGCUUGUUAACCUCAAGAAGUGCAGCAAGAUCUCAGAUGGAUGUCUCAAGGAAUUUGCGGAAUCAUCUAAGGUCCUGGAGAAUUUGCAGAUCGAGCAAUGCAGCAAGGUUACUCUUAUGGGCAUUCUUGCUUUCCUCCUCAACUGCAGCCCAAAGUUUAAGGCUCUCUCUUUGUCCAAGUGCAUCGGGAUCAAGGACAUCUGCUCCGCACCUGCACAGCUUCCAGUAUGCAAAUCGCUUCGUUCCCUGACCAUCAAGGAUUGCCCAGGCUUCACGGAUGCCAGCUUGGCUGUGGUGGGCAUGAUCUGCCCUCGGUUGGAGAAUGUCAAUUUGAGUGGUCUUGGUGCAGUUACCGACAAUGGCUUCCUUCCAUUGAUGAAGAGUUCGGAGAGUGGCCUGGUCAAUGUUGAUCUGAAUGGCUGCGAGAAUCUCACGGAUGCGGCUGUUUCCGCCUUGGUGAAGGCUCAUGGUGCUUCUCUUGCACACCUUAGCCUUGAGGGAUGCAGCAAGGUUACUGAUGCAAGCCUGUUUGCCAUCUCUGAGAGCUGCAGCCAGCUUGCCGAGCUUGAUCUUUCAAAUUGCAUGGUCAGUGACUAUGGUGUUGCGGUCUUGGCAGCGGCAAAGCUGCUCAAGCUGCGUAUCCUCUCACUGUCUGGCUGUAUGAAGGUCACCCAGAAGAGUGUUCCUUUCUUAGGCAGCAUGUCUUCAUCCUUGGAGGGACUCAAUCUCCAGUUCAACUUCAUCGGCAACCACAACAUCACUUCCUUGGAGAAGCAGCUCUGGCGGUGCGACAUCCUUGCUUAA